AUGGCACUCGAAGCUCUGAACUCGCCGACGGCAGCCGGGGCGCCGUCCCCUUUCCAAUUUGAGGAACCCAAACACCUCCACCGCCUCGCGGAUCAGCCGUGGGCCAAGCGCAAGCGGUCGAGGCGGUCCGCGGGUCACGGCGAGCAGCAGCAGCAGCCCACCGAGGAGGAGUAUCUCGCUCUCUGCCUCGUCAUGCUCGCUCGCGGCACCACCAAUUUGGAUUUCUCUCCCCAACCUGCUCGCUCUGCCUCCCCUGUUCCGCCGCCAGCGGCGGCAAUUUCUGGUGAGGCGACAGCAGAGCAGAAGAUGAUUUUGUCCCACAAGUGUACUGUUUGUGGGAAGGCUUUCUCCUCCUACCAGGCCCUGGGCGGGCACAAGGCGAGCCACCGGAAAUCGGUCUCCGGGGAUCCGGCCGAUGGUCCGUCGACUUCCACUACUACGACCAGCGCCGCCGCCGCGGCGGCCCCUGUGACGGGGGGCGGGAAGUCCCACGUCUGCACGAUCUGUCACAAGAGCUUCCCGACCGGGCAGGCGCUCGGCGGGCACAAGCGGUGCCACUACGACGGCGGCGCCGCCGCCGUCCACGCGGCGGAGAAGAGCGGAGUAGCUACUUCCUCCACCGUUACCGUCUCCGAGGGGGUGGGGUCCACGACCACGACGAGCAACCGGGGAUUCAUCGACCUCAACCUCCCGGCCCUUCCGGAGUUCGCAGCCGGCGAUUUCUUCUUCUCUGGCGGCGGCGGCGGCGGCGGCGAGGACGAGGUCAUGAGCCCGUUGCCGGUUGCGAAGAAGCCCAGGCUGGUGAUUGCAGCAUCAGCGGCGGGGCCCAAACCAGAAGUCGCCUCUCAGUAG